UUCCCAGACCUCGAAAGACUAUUCCCCUCAACCCUCCAAAAGAAGAGGACUGUUGAAACUUGGAUGCCAUGGCAUACGUCCACACGCCACCGUACCAGUCGAGAUCAAGACGGCAAUAAUAGACAAGAACAAGGUGCGUGGCAGUGCACUCGACGAUAUUAAUGGAGCUGCUUUGCACGGGCGGCAGAGAGCCGUAGACAGAGCAGUGACGGUCGUCGUACACAGAUCACGAUGCUGCUCCCACACUCUUCGUCAGCCUCUGCAACUGCUACCACUCGUGGGCUAGCACUAGCAGCAGCAGCACCGCCGCCGCGUCCGACCGCUCGCCCCCGGCGCGCACGCCUCCUGCCUCCACGCGCGCGGGCCGAGACGCAUGCGACGGGCGUUGGCGCCGACCGCGCGGCCGAGGCGCUUCUCCAGAGCGGGCUGCGCCGUGAGUCGCUGCCGCGGCACGUCGCGGUGGUGAUGGACGGGAACUCGCGGUGGGCGCGCGAGCGGGGGCUGACGCCCGCGGACGGCCACAAGGCCGGGGGCCGCAACCUGGAGCGGGUCGUUGCGCUGUCGCGCGCCUGGGGCAUCCGCGCGCUCACCGCCUUCGUCUGCUCCCGCGAGAACUUGAGCCGCCCCAAGGCCGAGGUCGACUACAUGAUGGGCUUGUCCGAGUGGCUGAUAGGCGACAACAUCGACAAGCUCUCGAGGCAGGGGAUCCGACUGCAGGUGAUCGGCGACGCCGCGAAGAUGCCAGCCUCUCUGCGGAGCGCAGCGGCGCAGGCCGACGAGGCCACGAGGCAAAACUCGCAGCUGCACGUGAUGCUGGCCAUCUGCUACAGCGGGCGAUGGGACAUGGUCCAGGCGUGCCGGGAGCUGGCCCGGGAGGCGCAGGCGAACCGGCUCAGUCCGGACGACAUCGACGAGUCGAUCAUCGCCGGCAAGCUCGCGACGAGCGCCGCCGGCGAGUUCUCCUGUCCCGACCUGGUCAUCAGAACCAGCGGCGAGAUGAGGCUCAGCAACUUCUUGCUAUGGCAGUCGGCGUACUCGGAGUUGUUCUUCACCGCCAAGAUGUGGCCUGACUUUGGGGAGGCUGAGUACCUGGAAGCGUUGCGCUCCUUCCAGGGCAGAGACCGCCGCUUCGGCCAAUCAAAAUUACUCUAAGGCCUCGUUUGGUUUAAGAGUCCCUCUAUUUUAGUUUUAUUUAGUUCCUAAAUUGUCAAACAGUAGGAUUAAAACAGAGACUAAACUGAUUUAGUCUCUAGUCUCUCAAGAUAUGGUUAAAAAGACUAAAUCAUAUUAAUUCUACAUUUGCCCUUCAUUUAGUUCAAUUGUACUAAUAGCAGGAGAAUAUUAAAGGCUAUUUUAGUCUUCUUAUGAGUCAUUUAGUAUAUUUUUACUAAUUUUAGUCCUUAGAAACAAACAUGUUAGAGACUAAAUUUUAGUCCCCUAACUAAACUUUAGUCCCUAGACUAAAGAAACCAAACAUGGUCUAACUUGAUGGAGUGUUACACCUGCAUCUCCAGCGUCAGCACCCAAAAGACCGUCCCGACUCGCGUGCAAGGGCGUCCAAUCGUCGGAUCCACAACAGCGACUAUGUCCUGUAACCGUGGCCCAUGAGCCGAUAUGGAGUAGCGUGUGUGUUUGCAGCCAGUUGUCACGACGCACAAAAGCGCGCCACUAGCUUCUGUAAGGAUGAAUCAUCCAGAGAAUUGCAAACAGAACUAUUCCCCCCGUAUCUCAUCUUCUUCCUCUCCAAGCAUUCUCUUCUUCCUUCCUUCCUCCCCAAUCUAUCGUGUUAACAAGUGGUAUCAGAGGGGUCUGAUCCUCGUCACUGUUCCACUCUGGAUCCCACAACCUCCCACCCCUACGACACUCGUCUUCGUCGCCAGCGCGCCGCCAUGAACGUCGACUUCCAGCACCUGCUCGACGAAAUGUCCAAGCGCUUCGACGGCUACGAUGCGAAGCUGACGCAGCGCCUCUCCGACUACGGCGUCAAGCUGCAGCAGCGAAUGCUAGAUCGCAAUCUGGAACUGGAGCGUCGUAUGGCGGAUCUCGACACACGGAUGGACGACAAGUUGGCUUCGCUCUCCACGGCCAACGAGACGCGCUUGUCGCAGCUCGAGUCGGUGGCCAUCUCCUUCGACGGUUGGCAUCCCUGCAUGGAGGGUUCCGUCGACGACAUCCGUCUUCACGUCUCCAAGUUGACCAAUCUCUACGAACGGUCGGCAGUGGAGCACCCUACCGUCAUGACUGGUGUGCUUGUUCCGGCUCCCUCUCCGGCCGUGCGCCCAUCUGCUGCUGCCUCCACGGACGCUCAACCUGACAGGCACCGCCUGAAUCCAUCAAUCCGGGAUGAUGGUUGCGGAGUUGUCACAAUUCUUGAUCAUCACCCGGCAAAGGCUAUUUCAUCAGCUACUCCAAAGUGGUUUGCCGAGGUGAUUGCUGGAUACGAUCAGGAUACCCAUGCAACAAACCUACGAGCUCAAUUGGCUGUUGAUCCCACAUUGGUGCCCACUUUCGCAUUGGUGGAGGGAUUACUGCGCUACAAGUCCAAAGUUUGGAUUUUCCAUAAUGUGCCACUACAACAGAAAACUGCUAUCAGCUUGUUACGCCAGUGCAUUAGGUGGCCAUUCUAGAUUCCCGGUAACAUAUAUGAGGAUGAAGAAGCUGUUUGCUUGGACCGACAUGUGUGUUGCGGUGAAGCAAUUUGUGCAAACAUGUCUGGUAUGCCAGCAAGCUAAACCGGACAGAACCCGUUUACCAGGUCUGCUACAGCCGUUACCAAUGCCCUCAUCAGCUUGGCAGAUUAUUUCGGUGGACUUUGUGGAAGGCUUGCCGACCUCUUCUUCAUACAACUGCAUCUUGGUUGUUAUUGAUUUUUUCACAAAGUAUGGUCACUUCAUUCCUCUUCGCCAUCCGUUCACUGCUACCAGCAUUGCCAAGUUAUUCUUGCUGCAUGUGUAUCGUCUCCAUGGGAUGCCUUCCUCAAUUGUUUCUGAUUGGGACAGAAUAUUCACCAGUUCGCUUUGGAAGGAACUGUUUCGUCUUGCCGAAGUUUAGUUACAAAUGUCAUCAUCUUAUCACCCACAAUCCGACGAACAAAAAGAGCGACUGAACCAGACUGUAAUACCCAAACUUGUAAACUAUAUCAAAGGAAAUAAUUCG